AUGGCCGAUUUGACCAAGGUCCAAUUUACAGCACCAAGUGACGUAGCAUCACCGCUUCAUCACCCCACACACGUACACAGUGUGCACUACUGCGCAUCUUCAUAUAUCCGCCGGCCUUUCAAGUCCAGCAAAGUGAUCAAGAUGAUCAGGAAAUAUCGAGACUGUUGCGAAAAUAAACAAAUGCAGGACAUUGAUUUGUGCUCUUAG